AUGGGCGAAAAACGUCCGAUCUCCAAGGAUGCCUUAUUUGAUAUCUUUAAGAAUCAAAACGAGGCUGCUUUACGUUCUCCAACUCCCAGUCAUUUGUUAAAUAGAUCUGGGAAUUCCGCUUUUAGAACCCCCUCACUUGGGACAACACCAGUAAACUAUAAUUUGUCUUUACAUCAAAGGGCUGAGCAAUUAUUAUUUUUAAACCAACUUAAUUUUAAUAGCUUUAAACCUAAUUCACCUUCUACUACCGGGAAUUCACAUGAAAAGAUGGAAAAUCAAUUGAAAUCACCAAUUAGACCAUUGCCCGUGCAAGGAUUUUCUCUAGAGCUUAUCAAAUGGCACCUAAAAGUCGUAUCUAUUAAUGAUAUAUUUGUUCCAGAAGUAUCAGAUAGAAUUAAUUUAUGGGUGGUCUUGUCUGGAAUUAUAAAAGGAACACGUUUCUCGGAAGGAUUGGUUAAAUCAUUUGAGGAUGGCUUUCCGGAGGAUUGGCGAGAACUUCUGCUUGCUGAAUUAGAACCUUCAUAUCAGGGUGAAGGAAUUGAAAUGAAUUUUGAUUCAAGUGUUAAUUCUAUAGGAGAUGGAGAAAAUCAGGGUGAAGGAAUUGAAACGAAUUUGCAUUCAAAUGUUAAUUUUAUAGGAGAUGGAGAAAAUCAGGGUAAAGGAAUUGAAACGAAAUUGCAUUCAAUAGUUAAUUCAAAUGGAGAAAAUCAGAGUGAAGGAAUUGAAACGAAUUUGCAUUCAAGUGUUAAUUCUAUAGGAGAUGGAGAAAAUCGGGGUGAAGGAAUUGAAACGAAUUUUGAUUCAAGUGUUAAUUCUAUAGGAGAUGGAGAAAAUCAGGGUGAAGUAAUUGAAACGAAUUUGCAUUCAUUAGUUAAUUCUAUAGUAGAUGGAGAAAUCAAAUCAUUUUCUGGUCGUCGCAUACGAGCCCCCGGUAACUGGUGGGAAAUUAACUCUGAAAUCAAAGUAAAAGAAGAAAAAAUAGAACCUAAAAAACGAAAAUUAUCUUCUAUCGGAAAGCGUACUUCAUCGUCAUCCAUUGAAAAACAUACACCAUCAUCCACGCAACGUAAUUCAUCACCAAAUAGUGGUAAACGGUCUCGCAAGAGACGUACUAUACAAAAGGACAAUACAACCGAAAAUACGAAAAAGCCUUCUCACAAUGAUAUUGCUAAUGAAACAAAUAUUAACGAAACAAAUACUGAAGAAACAAUGGUUGAUAUACCGCGCCAUGAGGUUUACGUUCUUGUCGAGGCUAGAAGAUAG